AUGGGCAAUCUCCUCCCUUCUUCCAUUCUACUCGCCUUGGCGGCCACCGUCGCGGCCCACGGCCACGUCGACUGGCUUGUUGCCAAUGGCGUGGCUUACCGCGGCUGGGAUUCUCCUGCGUUCACGUACUCGCCCCCAACGAGUCCUGUCGUGGGCUGGAAGAUCGAUGUCCCUGAUAAUGGCUUCGUUGAGCCAGUCAACUUUGGAACUGGCGACAUUAUCUGCCACAAGAACGGAAGCCCGGCCGGCGGACACGCCACUGUCGCCGCGGGCACCAACAUCCAGCUCAUCUGGAACACAUGGCCAGAGUCACAUAAGGGCCCGGUGAUUGACUACCUCGCCAAGUGUACCGGUGACUGCGAGUCUGUCGACAAGACCACCCUCAACUUCUUUAAGAUUGAUGCUGGUGGUCUGAUUGACAUGUCUCUUACCAACGGCAAGUGGGCCGAUGAUGUCCUCAUGGCCAACAACUUCACAUGGACCGUCCAGAUCCCCUCGACUCUGGCCCCAGGCAACUAUGUGCUACGUCACGAGAUCAUUGCUCUCCACUCUGGCGGCAAUGUCAAUGGCGCGCAGGCGUACCCGCAGUGCUUCAACCUGCAGGUCACUGGAGGAGGUUCCCUUGCCCCGGCCGGCGUCAAGGGCACGGCGCUGUACAAAUCUGACGACCCGGGCAUUCUUUUCAACCUCUACACGAGCCCUCUAGUCUACCCUGUUCCCGGCCCUACCCUGGUCUCGGGACUUGCCUCGACCGUUGCCCAGAGCACUGCCCGCAUCACCGCGACGUCGAGCGCAACACCGGCCGGAGGAAGUGGUGGCAGCAGUCCGACUACCUUAAGGACGACUACCACUGCGGCGGGUGUGACCAGCACCGGAGCUGGAACGACGACGACCACAGCCGCGAGUGGUGGUAGUGGAACCGUUCCUAAAUAUGGUCAGUGUGGAGGACAAGGAUGGACAGGUGGGACUGUUUGUGCUUCUGGCUCGACAUGCACAGUCUUGAACCAGUACUACUCGCAAUGCACCUAA